UAUUUCUCGCCGUCGCGUCCCCAAACUCCUUCCCACACAGCCCGAUCGCAUCGCAUCAGGAUCAAUGGCGAUGUUGACGGCCAAGCUGAGCUGCUCCCCGGCCGCCACCGCCAGCCUCGGCCGCCGAUCCGGGCCCGCCCGCCGCGCCGCGGUCGUCCGCGCCUACGCCGGCUCCUACGCCGACGAGCUCGUCUCCACCGCGAAAACUGUUGCUUCCCCAGGGCGUGGGAUCCUAGCGAUCGAUGAGUCGAAUGCAACGUGCGGAAAGAGAUUAGCAUCCAUUGGUUUGGAUAACACGGAAGUUAACCGCCAGGCCUACAGGCAGCUUUUACUGACCACUGCUGGUCUAGGCGAAUACAUUUCUGGUGCUAUUAUGUUUGAGGAAACACUUUACCAGUCAACCACUGAUGGCAAGACAUUUGUUGACUGCUUGAAGGACCAGAAUAUCAUGCCUGGUAUCAAGGUUGACAAGGGUUUGGUCCCAUUGCCUGGAUCCAACAAUGAAUCCUGGUGCCAAGGUCUUGAUGGUUUGGCUUCAAGGUGUGCCGAGUACUACAAGCAGGGGGCACGUUUCGCAAAGUGGAGGACUGUUGUUAGCAUCCCGUGUGGCCCCACUGCAUUAGCUGUCAAGGAAGCAGCAUGGGGACUUGCUCGUUAUGCUGCUAUUGCACAGGACAAUGGUCUAGUGCCAAUUGUGGAGCCAGAGAUCCUUCUUGAUGGUGACCAUGGCAUCGAGAGAACUCUUGAGGUGGCAGAGAAAGUGUGGUCCGAGGUAUUCUUCUACCUGGCUGAGAACAAUGUUCUGUUCGAGGGUAUCCUGCUGAAGCCCAGCAUGGUUACACCUGGAGCUGAACACAAGGAGAAGGCUACUGCUGAAGCCAUUGCGCAUAACACCCUUACAAUGCUGAAGAGGAGAGUACCACCUGCUGUCCCUGGAAUCAUGGUAUUGUCUCGAUUUUUGAGGCGGACAGUCCGAACUGGAGGCAACCAUGAACCUGAACGCGAUGAACCAGUCUGCAAACCCAUGGCAUGUAUCCUUCUCCUACGCCCGUGCUCUCCAGAACUCGGUGCUGAAGACAUGGCAGGGACGCCCAGAGAACAUUGAGGCUGCGCAAAAGGCCCUGCUGGUCCGUGCCAAAGCCAACUCAUUGGCGCAGCUUGGUAGCUACACCGGCAAGGGCGAGAGCGACGAGUCCAAGAAGGGGAUGUUCCAGAAGGGGUACACUUACUGAUGAGACGGCAGGAUUUAUAUACGAGAAGAUGCACGUCAUUUUGCAUCAUGGUUUUGUUUCAAUGGUGUGAAUAAUCACCAGCAUGUUGGUGCCAACGGCUGUUAGCUCUAUUAGCAGUGCAGAAACAUUAGAAUUGUCUGAAGUUUUAUUUGUGAGAACAAACCCUUACUGUAAUGCAUACUCUGAGAAAGUUGAUGAGCUCA